AGGUUAUUUGGUCCUACUACACCAUGUGCAGGUUGUGGUCAAAUAAUACCAUCAACGGAUUACGUGCACAAAACAAUAGGGGCUUCAUUUCAUUUAAAAUGUUUCCAAUGUAGCAAAUGUUGUGCCCCACUUCAAGUUGGAGAUAGGUAUUAUUUCAUCUCGGGAACAUUGGUUUGUGAGCCGGACUAUCAAAAAAUAGCAAAAUCAUCAUCAAUGCCAGUGACAGCGGCGGCCGCUGGAAAUGGUGGUGUUCCCGUACGAAAAGGCAAAGUUGGAAGGCCUCGAAGGAGUCGCGAAUGAGGGGGCAACCCGGUCGGUCGCCCGAAAAAGGUUCAACCGACUCCACAGCCGACGCCCGUUGUCACGGUAAUGCAGCCGCAGAUUGAUCUCGUGGACGUUGGUGUUGGAGCCGAUCCCUAUUCGCCGCCACCACCGGGUCAUCAACAACACUUCCAUCCACAUCAUUCUCAUCAUCCACCACAUCCACAUCAUAAUCCCCAUCAAAUGGGCCUCAUACCUUCUGGAAUACCUGGUCACUCUCAUCAACAUCCAUCAGCCUAUCAGGAUUGGUCAUGGCCGCCCGAUUCGUGCGACUGAGAAACGCCACAUUUUCACACACACACACAUUCAAUAGUUGCAAGACAACAAAAAUCUCCAUCACCAAAUAUUAAUAAAAUGAUCGCCAAUUUUCAAAAUCAAUGUCUGUGAUUUGAAACUAAAAUUGACUAUAUGUGAAAUAAUGGUGUUUCGAGACAAAAAUUAAAGAAGAAAAUGGUUUCGUGCUGGUUCGCGCACCGAAAAAUAAAAAAAAAAAAUUAUCAAAAGUACCUGUUUUAAUAGGCAAUCGAGAGUGAUUACAACAAUUGUGGGGGAAAAUAUAGUGCCCGGUUUUUUUUUUAAGGAAUGGGGAAGGUGAGAAUUAGUGGUGACAUUCGUAUUUUUUUUUAUUUAGAGAAAGAGACUCUUAAUAGUAAAAAGAAAAAAUUCUCCAGGAAGUCGCUUAGACAAGACAUUCUUGCCAUUCAUGAAUCGAAAAAAAAAAGAUGCUCCUGAUUAUUAUCGACCCUUGCGAUAGAGAGAGAGAGGCAUGUGUGACAUUUGAUGUUUGUCCACGGGGAAAUUAAGCUCUGGUGAUGAUUGUAAAUUUUUUUUUGAAAUCAUUCUAGUUUUUUAAAAUUCAAGAAAUUCUUCAAUAAGGAUCAACUUCAAGAAAGGCGAUAAGAUUGAGUAAAAAUAAUUUUAAAAAAGACAUACUGUUAAUGCCUAUAACAACUUUUAUAGUUUAUGGAAAUUUUAAUUCGAUUAGGAAUAAACAUAUUUUGCCAAUGCUUAUCCACUACUAUAUUUUAUGGAAAGUUUUGAUACAUUAGGAAAUGCAACUUUUCUUUUUUAUAAUUUUUUCCCCAGACGCCAUUUCAUUUGAAGCCGAUCCUGUAAAAUGAGAAAAAUUGUAUAUUAUUAUCAUCGAAUUUUCAAAAAUUGAUUUUAUCGAAUAGAAACUAAAAAAAAGUAUUUGCUCAAUUGUCAAAAAAAAAACUGAAGCUCAUAUGUAAAAUUUUAGGUACAAUUGAUAUUUUUUUUUCUUUUUAACGCAAAAGGAAAGACAUUAUUAUUCUCGAAAGAAUCUUUGAAUGAUAUAUAAUCUUGAAUCGACAAAGUUGUUAACGAGGGAAUAGAAUUGUAAUUUAAAAUGUAUGUGAGGGGAAAGAAGGUUCGGCGGAGGGGAAAAAAAGAAGAAGGAGAAAGAGAAAACAAAACCAAAAUCGACUCUUAGAAAAUUAUUUUUCUUUCAAAAUUAUCGGGCCUUUCGCCUCGUCGAGCGACCAGGACGCCUAAGUUCGUUAAGCGUCCCUUGUUUCCGCAUCACGCUACCAUUAAUAGUCCCCCCCUUUUUUAUUUCUCUCUCUCUCUCCUUCCUCUAAGUUUCUAUAUAUAUAUCGGUUCACCUUCCGCUUUAAAAUUCUCAAACGAAGAAAUUGUCAUUUCUUAAUUUUGUGAAAUUAAUUUUUUUUUCAAACCUUCUAUGCGCCUCUUCUCAAUAAAUUCAUUUACAAUUCGGAGCAAAUUUCCGGAAGAGAAUUCUUUUGUAGACGACGUCAAAAAAAAAAAGGGUGACAGAUUCUUACAAAAAACAGGGUUUCAAAAAAAGCAUCUGCAAUAAAUGUAAUAUAAAUGUAUAAUCUUAUGACAGAAAAAAAACGUCACGAUAUAUCUACCACGCUCGAGGCCAUUACCAUUUUUGAUUAAAUUUUAAUUAGGAGAAAUUUUUUUAUAAACUUGCACAGAGUUUGAAUUUAUUUUUUCAAUUUUAUCAUAUAUGAUAAGGGUCCUGAGUACUUCGAAGCUCAAUUACAAAAAAAAAACUUGAAUGUAAACUGUAUCAUACAAAAAAAAAAAACGAUGUUCCGUUCUAUAGUGAAUUUCCAUUCCAAGAAUAUUCUCUACGUGUAUCAUUUUUGUGGCUUUGAGGUAAAUUUUUUUGUAUAGAAAAAGUAGACAAUUUUUAAUUUAUAUAUUUAAAAAAAAAAAAAAAAAAUUGCAAAUAAUUAUUUUCUUGCGGAUGUGGCGUACAAAGAAUGGGGAUAUCUAAACACUGUGCACUCCCCACAAUGCGCAGUGCGCGCGCAACGAACCAACCCCCACUCUUAUCAAACGGCGCGCGCAUAAACCGACUUGAACUAUUUAAUUUAAAAAUUACUUUUUUCAUUUAUGUAUACUUUUGAAAUAAUUAACAUUUUACAGAUGCUACAAUUAUAUAAAUUUUGACUUACAAAUAUUUACGUCAAAGCCGCAUUAAAAAUAAAUAAAUAAAAAAAAAGUCAGAAAAUCCAAAGCCAAUCUCAAUCCAAAUAAAUGACACAGUGCCAUUCCCUUUUUAAAUUUCAACGAAUCGAAUUUAAAUAAAGGAUUUCGAAAAUUUGGCCUUAAUUUAAAACUUUUCUGACUUUUUUUUCAUCCUCCUCCUACUAUUUCGAACUUUAUUUUUAAAAAAAUGUAUGUAAAAAAAAAAAGAAAGAUCAUGGGGAAAUAUUUGCAAAAAGGUAGCAGAGAUCUUCGGCGACUAUAACUUUUUUCGUGAAGAAAACAAAUUUAAUUCACUUUUUUUCCUGACAUUAUGAAUAAUUUGAAAUUUUUUAUUCACAAAAAAUAAAUCCCGUCGAUCUCUGUGCAGACUAAUGAGAAAAGAGAAGAUCGAAUAAAAAAAAAAAAUGAUGUAAUUUAAACUUGUACAUAAACAUUUUGUAUAUUGUUAAAAAAAAAUUUGUGUGAUAAAAAUGGUUAUUUACUGUAUUAAUGAUGAUGAUGUUGAGCGAAAAAAAAACCAAUAACGAGCAAAUUUAUUUCAAUUUCGAAAAUAUAAUAAGACUACAACAAUGAUUUAUCCUAAAGAAAAAAUUCUACAGCCUUUUUUAAAAUCAAAAAUUUAUUUUCAUAAAUUGAGAUAUAUUUGCCCAUUAAAAAAAAAAAAAUGGUUUUUUUAAAUUCGUACGGACCAAAUUACUACAGAUUUAAAGUUUUAGAAAAAAAUUGUCACGUUUAGAAAAGAAAGAAACAAUAGUACUUUUUUUAAAUAAGGAAAUAUUAUCUAUAUCUUUUAAAUUAUUUGUAUUAAUAUUAUUUUUAUUAUUAUUAAUAUUAUUAUUAUAUGCAGUAUUAGUAUUAUUUUUUAAAUGAGAAAAAAAUUAUUUAAAUAAAUGUUUUUUUUUUUUUUUUUUUUGUGGAAAAAAAGAAAGAAACAUUUUUUUUUCCUUCGUCUGUAGUGAUUGGCCUGAACGUUGAAAGCGAACAGCGUGAAUGUGUUCGCGUUUAGUUAAUUUGUUAUUUGAUUUAUCUCAACUUCAAUGCCUAUAAUUUUUAGGCUCUUGUAAAAUAGUACGACACCAAUACACGACACACGCACACGACACACGAUUUAUUAAUUAAAAAAUAAAAAAGAAUACAAGUUUUUAGAAAAUGAAAAACUA